AAACACUCAUCAUCUCGUCAAUAUUGUUCCUUCUUCUUCACACCAUCCUCCCUAUAUAUGCCCACAACAUACUCUUCUCUCCUUCUACUCAUCAUCCACGACACCACAUUUGAUUAUAAUUAGUAAGCCAUUCCCGGCAUUUCCCGUAAUUUGCAGAAUGUCUGCAGCAACGGCAACGUUUUCCUCAGCAUCGAAGGAUGAGCAGAAUGUUAAUACCCCGAGAAGGUUAUCUGAAUUAGAGGAAUUGGAGUUCAAGGUCAAGGAAGACAGCCGAGCUACCGUUAAAGGGUCUGUUCGACAAGAAGAAACAGAAGACGAUGGUAAAGAGGAGGGAAAGCUGAAAUCUGCCCAGGGUAAAGGAAUAUUAGAAGUUGGUUCAAAUAAAUUCUCCCUUAAGGAGCACAUUGAGAAGGAAAAGGGUGAUGAAGGUCAUAGAGGAUGGAAAAAAAUGCUUCUUGGAAGUUUGAAUAGCUCUGCUAUUAAUGGAGCAGGAAAGAAAGAAUCGGAAGUGCAGAUACUAAGCCUAGCAAUACAGUGCUCGGGCAGAUCAGAUCUCAUACUCCCCAUCCCCAUUCUUUCUUCAAAUUAUACGUCCAAGCGCACUCUCUUCGUUCUCAAGGAAGGAUGCCGUUGCCGCACCAAGUUCUCUUUCAACGUCCUCAACAACGUCGUCUCCGGUCUCCGUUACACCUAUGCCGUUUGGAAAACCGGCGUCAGAGUGGGGAAUACGAAGAUAAUGGUGGGAACAUUUAGUCCAAGGAAGGAGCCUUAUUCGUAUGAAUUGGAGGAAGAGACCAUCCCUACUGGAAUAUUUGCUAGGGGCUCCUACUUUGUCCGAACAAAGUUCGUAGAUGAUGACGGGAAAUGCCACUUGGAGUUCAGUUACUACUUCGAGAUUCGGAAGAACUGGCAGUGACGUUGUUUCCGUGUAGUUUAACGUACUCUUAUCAGAAAUGGAUUUGAAUGUCACAAUGUGAUGCAAUUCGAAAUCAAGUACAUGUGAUUUCCCCCUAAGUACGUAUAUAUAUAUAUAUAAAUAUAUAUUGGUGAUAAUGCCUUUUUCUCAAAAUAGAGAAAAGGAUCAUAAUAAAUUGAAAAAACAGGGAAACCACAUGACAGAGAUCAGUGGCAACGGGUGGAUGUGUAACUUUAAUUUAGCAAGUCAUUUUUUUUUUCACCUUCCAAUUUUAAAUUUCAAUAAAAUUAUCCGAAACCUUCAUGAUUUGGUCUCA